UGAUUUGUAAGGACAGCACCAAGUCUUGUAGACAUCGAAUGAACAAGUUGGCGACAUAUUGCAACAUCUAUCUUUUUCCAUUCUUCAAGAACGACCUCUUAUAGAGCCUGGAUGCUGGAUGGCGAGUGAUGCUCAACUUGUCUCUUCAGAAUUCCGCAAAGGUGUUUGAUUGGGUUCAAAUCAGGAGGCAUACUUGGCCACUGAAUCACUUUCAUCCUGUUCUUCUUCAGAAAUGCAACAGUGGCCAUAGAUGUGUAAUUCUGAUCAUUGUCAUAUUGGAAAAGUAUAGGACGAUCAAGAGCACAGAGUAAUGGUAGCAUCAUCUGUUUCAAUAUAGAGCAGUAUAUCUGUGAAUUCAUGAUACCAUCAAUAAAAUGCAGCUCCCUGACACCAGCAGCACUCCACUGGAGGCACCAUGCAU